AUGUGGUAUGCUACCAUGUGUGGCGAGGCCCGGGCUUGCGAUGGGCGUGCGUCGGAGUAUGAGCUGUACCACGCCUUUGCAUCCAGCCGCUUUCCCCUGAAAGUACGGACUCGAGCGUUGCCUUUUGCCGUGGUGGCAGAUAUUCAGGCUACAAUGGACGAUCCACCGGCCGGCGUGGCCUUCGCAGUGGCACACUCCCACCUGCGCGGCCUCGAUGUGGCGGUCUCAUGGAGGGCACAACAGACCCAGCAUCCUCAAUUUGGAUCGGAGUCGGACUUGCAAGACCGUGUUGGUAUCAUCAACGGCAACACGGAGGGCGAGAUUGUGAGACGCCUCGCUGGCCAGUACAUGGACGAAGAGUCGGCCAGUGAGCUGGGCGCACUCUUGCAAGCCAGUGGCAUGCUGCCCAAAAAAUCGCGCGGCAAGGGCACCAAGGCAGUGUCGCAACUCACCAACAGCCCUGGCCGCAAUGGCCAGCCAAGUGCGUGGCCGAACUGCUGGACAUCUGCAGCUGUCGGUUCGAAGGGUGGUUGCGGAGAACAGACGGUGCAUGUUAUUCGAUAUGUUGCAAUGCGUUGA